GGGCUGUGUCCUGAUACAGGACACAGGCCGUCAUACCAUCAGGGGGGGGAUCCACUACAUGGUAAAAGUUGAAGGCAGUGGCGCAUACACCUGCACUCUGACCUUUACCCUGGAUGGAGCAACAAGGUCUGUGUCAGAGACCAUGAAUGCAACGGUCACAGUGCAGCACUUUCUGCCUCCACAGAUCCAUGAACCGGAAAAUGAAAUUAUAAAGGCAGCAAAAGGGUCGAAUUUCACAAAGCGUUGUCUGGUGUUUGUUCCUGGUGCUGGGGAACAUGUUGUUGACGUCAUUUGGUUGGACAAAAAUAAGGACAUGUUUGAUUCUGAGCCGUCUGACCGCAUCUACACAUCAGCCCUGCGUUCGAGGACCCAAGAUGAACCAAAGGGUGAGUGGUUGGAGCUGCUGCUUAACUUCUCAGAACUGAGGCAGGAGGAUUUCUACCUCAACUACACCUGCAGGGUCUUCAAUUCCCAAGGCAAUUCAGAGAGAUACUUUACGUUGCUGCCAACAGAUCCGAACAUCAUCCUUCCCAUCGGUUUAGUGUUUGGUGGAGUGACUGUUCUCUUCGUCAUCAGCGUCACCGUCUACUACAUCUUCAGGAUAGACAUUGUGCUGUGCUUCAGGAGAGCGUUUCCAGUCCUUUAUACAAAUAAAGAUCUUGAUGGCAAGCUGUAUGAUGCUUAUGUGGCAUACCCCAAUCCUGGUGCCUUUGGCUUCAGUGAGGAAGUGGAGAAGUUCGCCCUGCAGACGUUGCCUGAAGUGUUGGAACAGGCCUGUGGCUACAAACUGUUCAUAGCGGGCCGUGACUGCCUGCCGGGGCAGGCCAUCGUGGACUCUGUGGAUGAGAACCUUCAGGCUAGUCGUCGUGUUCUCCUGCUCUACACCGCUUCCACUUUCAUUAAAAAGAGGCACACGAGCAGCACCAGCAGUAACAACAACAACAUUACGAAGAUUAGCGAGGAGGUUGAUCAAAUCGAAAGCAGGACCAGCGAGGGCAAUGGCAGCGUGGGUUUUGGUGGUGACGACAAAGCGUUUUCAGACGCAAGGCAGCAUCUGGAAUGUGUGGCAUCCAUGAACAGAGCGCUGCUGGAGGGCUCCUUAAAGGUUAUUCUGGUGGAGCUGGAGGAGAUCACCCCGGCCCAGCUGGCCCUCUUCCCCGAGUCGGUUCGCCACCUGAGGAAGAAACAGGGCGCCGUGUGUUGGUGGAAGUCUCUCCGAACGAGGCAGAAAUGGAGGACAUGGAGAGAAGACGAGGAGAGACGUGGAAAGGACUCACAAGUGUCACCAUCCCUCUCUCCUUCCUCCAGGUUUUGGAAAGAAAUUAGGUAUCAUAUGCCAGUUAGAGGCAAGAGGGCGGCUUAUCCAGAGAAAACUGCCUUGUUGAACUUGUAAUG